AUGGCAUCGCUCCGGCUUCUUCUCCUCCUGCUCCUGGCCCAACGCGGGCUCGGAGCCGCGGCCGGCCGAGGGCGGGCGCCGGGAGUCAGGCAGCCCAUCUACAACCACAUCAAGAGCCGCGAUCCGCCCCCGGCCCCGCGGAGCCGCUCUCCGGAGAGCACCAUCUUGGCGCAGCGGCUCGCCGAGGAGGUGCCCCAGGACGUGGCCUCGUUCCUCUACACCGGCGAUUCUCGGGAGCUGCGGAGGGCCAACUGCUCCGGGCGCUACGAGCUGGCCAGUCUGGCCGGCAAGUCGCGCUUCGUCUCGCACCCGUCCCUGCACGGCGCCCUGGACACCCUCACGCACGCCACCAACUUCCUCAACAUGAUUCUGCAGAGCAAUAAGUCGCGGGAACAGAACUUGCAGGAGGACCUGGAGUGGUACCGGGCGCUGAUCAGGAGCCUCCUGGAAGGGGAUCCCAACAUCUCCAGGGCAGCCAUCACCUUCAGCACGGAGCCCUUCUCUGCCCCCCAGGUGUUCCUCCAGGCCAGCAGGCACGAGAACCAGAUCCACCUGCAGGACCUGUCCUCCUCCGCUCACCGCCUGGCUAACGGAUCCCUGGAGACGGAGUGGUUCCAGGGCCUGAAGCGCAAGUGGAGGCCGCAUCAGCACAGGAAGGUCUUGAACACGGGCUCCAAAACUUUGGAGAACAGCUGGAAGAGGCGAGAGGGCUUCACAGCUGAUAAGAACCACAUCAGAUGGUCCUCUCCUUACCUGGAGUGUGAGAACGGGAAUUACAAACCCGGCUGGUUGGUGACUCUCUCAGCAGCUUUCUAUGGACUGCAACCAAACCUUGUCCCUGAAUUCAGAGGUGUUGUUAAAGUCGACAUAAAUCUGCAGAAGGUGGAUAUCGACCAGUGCUCGAGUGAGGGGUGGUUCUCAGGAACACACAGGUGUCAUCUCAACAACUCUGAGUGCUUGCCGAUUAAAGGUCUUGGAUUUGUGCUUGGAGCCUACAAAUGUAUUUGCAAGGAGGGAUUCUAUCACCCCAACAUCUUUUCAGUGAACAGCUUUCAGAGAAAGGAUGCAGACAAUCGCUUUUCUGGAGGGGACUUGUCAGAGGAAGUCUACACCUGCCUGCCCUGCAGGGAAGGAUGUUCUAAUUGUAAAGAUGAUACUCCCUGCUAUGCACAGGAGGACAAGUAUUUACGGCUUGCUAUCAUCUCAUUCCAAACGCUCUGUAUGCUGCUGGACUUCAUAAGCAUGCUGGUAGUCUACCAUUUUCGCAAAGCAAAGAGUAUAAGAGCUUCAGGUCUGGUGCUGUUGGAAACCAUUCUUUUUGGAUCACUUCUUCUAUACUUUCCGGUUGUCAUUUUGUAUUUUGAGCCAAGUGUAUUUCGCUGUGUUCUCCUAAGAUGGGUUCGUCUUCUGGGCUUUGCUACAGUUUAUGGAACUGUGACGCUCAAGCUGCACAGGGUUUUGAAGGUAUUCCUGUCCAGAACUGCUCAGCGUAUUCCAUAUAUGACAGGUGGGCGAGUGAUGAGGAUGCUGGCUGUAAUUCUCCUGGUAGUGUUUUGGUUUCUUGUUGGCUGGACUUCUGCAAUAACCCAAAAUUUGGAGAGAAACAUUCCUCUAAUUGGCCAAGGGCAAACAUCUGACCACCUGAUCUUCAAUAUGUGCCUCAUGGACCGCUGGGAUUACAUGAUGGCUGUUGCUGAAUUUUUAUUCCUCUUGUGGGGUGUUUAUCUCUGCUAUGCAGUGCGGACAGUCCCAUCAGCAUUUCAUGAGCCGCGUUAUAUGGCUGUUGCAGUUCACAAUGAGCUCAUUAUCUCUGCUAUAUUCCAUACAAUUAGAUUCAUUCUUGCUUCAAGACUUCAGUCUGACUGGAUGCUGAUGCUGUUCUUUGCACACACGCACUUGACUGUGACAGUCACUGCUGGGCUACUACUGAUCCCUAAGUUUUCACAUUCAAGCAAUAACCCAAGAGAUGAUAUAGCUACAGAAGCUUAUGAAGAUGAACUUGAUAUGGGCCGAUCUGGAUCCUAUCUGAACAGCAGUAUCAAUUCAGCAUGGAGCGAGCAUAGUUUGGAUCCUGAAGAUAUUCGGGAUGAGUUGAAGAAACUGUAUGCCCAGCUUGAAAUCUAUAAAAGGAAAAAGAUGAUUGCUAAUAACCCGCAUCUCCAGAAAAAAAGGUGCUCUAAAAAGGGCUUGGGGCGCUCGAUAAUGAGGCGUAUUACAGAAAUCCCAGAGACAGUCACUAGGCAGUGCUCCAGGGACGAGAAGGACCUGAUGGAGCACAAUGCUGUGAAAAGCACGGCUACGCUGAAAAAACCCCCACAAGAUUCCACAAGUUCUGCAAAGCCAAAAGAAGAGACCUUGAAAAACAGAGUCUUCUCAUUAAAGAAGUCCCACAGCACUUACGAUCACGUCAGGGAUCAAACAGAAGAGUCUAAUAGCGUAACUGCAGAAAGCACAGAAGUUACAGCUGCUGAGAAUUCAAUUCUGGAUUCCUUCACUGGUAACAGUUUAACCAAAAAAGCUGAAAAAGGUGAAGCUGUGUCCACUGAAUCGGUCCCUUUGGUGUGCAAAUCACUAAGUGCGCAUAACUUAAGUGCAGAUAAGAAGCCUCUGCAUCCAAGAACAUCUGUGUUACAGAAAUCCCUCAGUGUUAUUGCUAGUGCCAAGGAAAAGACUCUGGGACUUACGGGUAAAACACAAAGUCUAGAAGAAAGCGCUAAAUCUCAGAAAUCUCAGCAGAAAGGGAAGGAAGGCAGCAAAAAGCACUCGGCCACCGAUAAAGGGGAGCACAAGGAUUCUCACCGGAAGAACUCUACUCAGUCUGAGGAGACAAAGAAAACCCAUAAGUCUGGCAUUAUGAAGCAGCAAAGGGUUAGUCAGACACCUGCAAAUCCAGACACAGGCCCAGGUAAGACUCUGCACAAGGACACUUUCGACAUAGGAGAAAUUUGUCCUUGGGAGAUAUAUGACCAAACUCCUGGUCCUGUGCCUUCUGACUCUAAGAUUCAAAAACAUGUGUCAAUUGCUUCCUCAGAAGCAGAGAAAAAUCACCCUUCCCAGCCAAAGGGGAAAUCUCAUCAUAAGCAGAAGAUGCCUGAGGGCUCUCAACAGUCGAAUCAGCAGAGCCCACAGAAGUUGGAGGCGGGCACUCGGGAGGUGCAAGAGCAGCACGUUUUUGAAAGUGAUAAAAAACAGUUGAGUUCCAAAUCUCAGGGCUCCCCUGGGCUGAAUCGCGAGAACGUUAACAGAUAUGCACCAAAUGUUUGUGGGGGGGAGCACGAGGAGCUGCCCCAGAAAGCAGCAGAAAACGUCAAUAAAUUGGUGGAACAAAAGAAAAUUGCCUCAUCUGAGGGAAAUGUGAUUUCUGACUCCCGUAAGCCAGGUGGUUACUCGCAGCAAUCUUUAGCAUCUCGAGCUGAAGUCUGCCCUUGGGAGUUUGACACACCAGAUUUACCAAAUGCAGAAAGAAGUGUAGCUUUAUCAAACACCUCUGCUAUAAGUGCAAAUAAAACAGCAACACCUCGAAAAUAAGAGGCUUUUGGACUGAGGAAAGUAGCA